AUCGACACACGAUCUUAAAUACAACCGUUUUUCUCUGUGACGCAUUCACCUGUGAAUUCUUCUCUAGGAUAUGGAUGGUAAUAUUUUUGGGCUGGUCAGUUUAAGCAUCGUGUGAUCUUCCCAGCGGUGGAUUUUUCAACAUCCAGGAUGUCCCAGUCAUCCACUGCUGAUGAGGGUACAACCUUUGAGCACUUGUGGAGUACACUAGAGCCAGACAGCACAUAUUAUGAGCUACCACAGCCAGGACACUCAGGGGAUAGGGUGGCUACUAGCAGCCUGCCCAGCAACCGCGCUGAAGUCUGCAUGGACGUUUACCACAUGAGAGACAUGAACGACAAUGUGAUGUCUCAGUACAGCCUGCUGAGCAGCAGCAUGGAACAAAGUUUGGGGAACAGAGCAGCUUCGACCAGUCCGUACAGCUCAGAGAACACCUCCAACGUGCCAACGCCGUCACCCUACUCCCAGCCGAACUCCACUUUCGAGGCCAUGUCUCCAGCCCCGGCCAUCCCGUCCAACACCGACUACCCCGGGCCUCACAACUUUGAGGUCACCUUUCAGCAGUCUAGCACCGCCAAAUCAGCCACCUGGACGUACUCGCCAUUGCUAAAGAAACUGUACUGUCAGAUCGCCAAGACCUGUCCGAUUCAGAUCAAACUGGCUGCCAACCCUCCCAAUGGCAGCGUGAUACGAGCCAUGCCCAUAUACAAGAAGGCCGAACACGUCACAGAAGUGGUCAAGCGCUGCCCUAACCAUGAACUCGGAAGGGAGUUUAAUGAAAGUCAAACAGCUCCCGCAAGUCACUUGAUACGAGUGGAGGGCAAUAAUUUGUGUCAGUAUGUAGAUGACCCUGUGACAGGUCGACAGAGCGUUCUCGUGCCAUAUGAAGCUCCUCAGGUGGGCACUGAGUUCACAACCAUUCUGUAUAAUUUCAUGUGCAACAGCAGUUGUGUUGGUGGAAUGAAUCGCAGGCCUAUCCUCAUCAUCAUCACGCUGGAGACACGAGACGGACAGGUCCUGGGUAGGCGUUCGUUUGAGGGACGGAUCUGUGCGUGUCCUGGCCGAGAUCGCAAAGCAGACGAGGAUCAUUUCAGAGAACAACAGGCUUUAAAUGACAGUGUGGCCAAAAAUGGAAAUGCCUGCAAACGAAAUUUCAAACAGACUCCAGCCAAUAUGACAGGACCUCCCAUCAACAUAAAGAAAAGACGACACGGAGAAGAGGAGAUGUAUUACAUACCAGUGCGUGGCCGGGAAAACUUUGACAUCCUGAUGAAGAUAAAAGACAGUUUGGAACUUGUGGAGUUUGUACCACAGCAGUUAGUGGACUCCUACAGACAACAACAACAACAGAUCCUACAGAGACAGGGUCAUGUUUCAUCUCCAUCACACUAUGGCUCCAUCAAUAACAUGAAUAAGAUUCAUGGGCCCAUCAACAAGCUUCCCUCGGUCAACCAGCUUGUAACACAGCAGACCCAGCAGAACGCAGGGCCCUCUGGAGCCAUGUCACAUAUGGGUACGAACAUGUUGGGUGGACAUCACAUGCAGUCUAAUGGUGAUGUGAAUGGAGGUCACCCAUCACAGUCUAUAGUGUCCACCUCUCACUGUACCCCUCCCCCACCUUACAACCCCGACCCAAGUCUCGUCAGUUUCUUAACCAGCCUGGGCUGCCAAAACUGUAUCGACUACUUCACGUCGCAGGGACUCCAGAGUGUUUACCACCUUCAGACUCUUACCAUGGAGGAUCUUGGGGCCCUGAAGAUUCCUGAGCAGUUCCGGUUGGCGAUCUGGAGGGGCCUGCAGGACAUGAAGCAGGGUCACGAUUACGGCCAGCAACUUAUUCGCUCCAGCAGCAACAUGGCCACUAUGGCCAUCGGCCCUGGAGGAGAGCUACAGCGUCAGCGUGUGAUGGAGGCCGUACACUUUAGAGUGCGUCACACCAUCACCAUCCCAAACCGUGGAGGGUCUACAGGGGGUGAGGAGUGGGGGGACUUUGGUUUUGAUAUGCCAGACUGCAGGAUACACAGGCACCCGAUAAAAGAAGAGUAUGCAGAAAGUGACGUUCACUGAAUGACGAUCCUCCAAGAUGGCGUCUUUGUUUCUAUGUUGCUCGUAUGGUUCUCGCUUUCUUAAAACUGCAAUGGACAGUUUA